AUGGAAAGAAUCAUAUGGCAUGGAACCACUAAUAGCUUCUUUCCAGUAAGAAGUGCAUAUCACAUGGAGAAAUUGAGAGAGGUGGUAACUCAAGGACAAGCCUCUUCCAGCAAUGACUUUAAAGAGGUUUGGAACAAAAUAUGGCAACUUAGUGUCACAACUAGGGAUAAAGUUUGCAUCUGGAGAUCCUGUCUGGAGGCCCUCCCCACUCAAUCCAACCUUUUCAAAAAUAAGGUGGUGAAUAACCCACUAUGCCCCAUUUGUUGCAAAAGAGUUGUGAGGCUUAAAAAAUGUGCUCUACCUCAAGCCCCUAUGCUACUAUUUUUUGAGUCAUUAUCUAAAGUGUUCAACUCAGAAGAUUUGCAUGAGUUUGUGGUGGUAGCAAGGAAAUUGUGGUGGAGAAGAAACACCUUUGUUUCUAACAAGGAGUUUACUCAUCCUAACUCCAUAGUUAGAGAGGCUAGAAUUCUUUUAGACAUGAUGUUUAAGGGGGACCCUAAUCCUCAAAGCAACAGCAGAGCCAGUCAAGGUUGCUCCUCAGAGGCUGUUUGGAAGGUCCCUUCAUUGCCCUGGUUUAAAAUCAAUUGGGAUUGGGCAGUGGAUAAAGCCAAUGAAGUUGUCAUUUGGGAUUGUGCUGGCCAGAUCAUUGCCACAAUGAGACAGAGAAAACAAUUCUUCCCUGAUUUGUUAGCUGAAGCAUAUGGAGCACUACAGGCUGUUAAAUUGGGGUUGGAACUUGGUCUGCACUAG